AUGGAGACUUCUACAACUGCCAUCUAUCCUGAAAUGUCCCCCCUCCUUCUUGAAACAGUUAUGCGAUUGACUAUUGAAAAGGUAAAGACACAGCGUUCUCCCCAUGCUGUCCCUGUGGCUUCGCAGCCCCAGACUCCACGACCCUCCUCGAGAGGUGAGGAGCAAUCUCAAAGAUCCAUUCCCUUUGCUCGUUCCAAAUCAACUAGCCUUCUAAGAACCCUCCUAAUAAUCCAAAUUGGUCGAAAAACUAGCCGACUGUUGUCUCUAGUCAGCCAACCGGAUCUAUACCAAUCUGUUAAACCGAUUCAACAGGCACCAUCAGCACCAUCACAGCCACCAUUCCUGACUGAAGAAUCACAACCCCGGAGUAUCCAUGGUGGCAAAAGGCGCUCCUCAGAAGACGAGGACAUCCAGACGGAAGAGUCGGUGAUGCUUCCAAAUGAAAGGGUCAACUCUCUUGAAGGUCCCUCUUCGGAGAAAUCGCCUUGCCUGGAGGAGAUUAACCGACAUUGCCAGGUUUUCCCUGCUUCUAAGGAAAUUAUUUCGGUUCAAGGGCACGCUAAACUGAGCCUGCAGGCUACAACCAAUGCGACCGUCUCUUAUGGUGAGGAUUCCUGUCCAGGUUGUCAACGUUGUUCCAUGUGGAUGCAGCAGGAGCAGUUGCGGCCGGAUUCCUCGAAAUUCCAACUCUGUGAGCCCGUUCAGCAGUGUUAA